AUGGCCAAAAUAGGAGCGGCAUGUAUAGCACACGUAGUUAUUAAUUUAUUUAUUUUCCAUAGUCUUAUCUUAAGUAGCAAUGCACAACGUCGACCAUAUGGCAGUAAUCGAUUAGCGAGCAGACCGCCGAUUCACCGCGUCCAUCCGUGCGAGCAGAGCUCUUGCUAUCCGGCUACGGGCAAUCUGCUGAUCGGACGCGAGAACCGACUGGAAGCGUCAUCUACCUGCGGUACGGUACAGCCGGAACGUUACUGCAUCGUGUCCCAUCUGGAGGAGAAGAAAUGCUUCCUCUGCGAUACGCGCCGCGAAACCGAGAGCGAUCCGAUGCGGAACCAUCGGAUCGGGCAGAUCAUCUACAAAAUGCAACCGGGAACCGUCGAACAAACCUGGUGGCAGUCGGAGAACGGGCGUGAAAAUGUCACCAUACAGCUGGACCUCGAGGCGGAAUUUCACUUCACCCAUCUGAUCAUCGUGUUUGCGACGUUCCGUCCGGCAGCGAUGCUGAUCGAGCGAUCGUACGAUUUCGGCAAAACCUGGCACGUGUACAAGUACUUUGCCCACAGCUGCCGGGAGUCGUUCCCGCACGCCCCGCUAGUUGCACGGAAUAUUACGGAUGUGGUCUGCGACCAUCGGUACUCGGGGGUAGAGCCGUCGAAGAACGGUGAGGUGAUCUAUCGUGUGCUGCCACCGAACAUGAACAUCGAGAACCCGUACGCCGAACAUGUGCAAAACAUGCUGAAGAUGACGAACCUGCGUGUGAACUUCACCAAGCUCCAUUCGCUCGGUGACAAUCUGCUGGACGAUCGGGACGAGAUACAGGAGAAGUACUACUACGCUAUAUCGAACAUGAUUGUGCGUGGUUCCUGCUCGUGCUACGGUCAUGCCUCGCGCUGUUUACCGCUCGAGGGAGUGCGGAACACGGUGGACAUGGUGCACGGACGGUGCGAAUGUACGCACAACACCAAGGGUCUGAACUGUGAGGAAUGUGAGGACUUCUUCAAUGAUCUACCAUGGAAGCCGGCACUUGGCAAACAGACCAACGCUUGUAAAAAGUGUAACUGUAACAACCAUGCGACCAGCUGCCACUUCGAUCAGGCCGUGUACGAACACUCGGGACGUGUUAGUGGCGGUGUGUGCGAUAACUGCCAGCACAAUACGCAAGGCUACCACUGCGAGGAAUGCUCACCGUUCUUCUAUCGCGAUCCGAACGAAGACAUCCAGAGCCCGUACGUGUGCAAACCGUGCGAUUGCGAUCCGCGUGGUGCGCUGGACGAUGGCAUCUGUGACUCGAUUGCCGACGAGGAGAAUGGCAUCGUGGCCGGUGCUUGCCACUGUAAGCGUAAUGUGAACGGACGUCGGUGCGACCAUUGCCGGGAAGGGUUCUGGAACUUCGACGAGCAUAAUCCGGAAGGUUGCCAGCCGUGUACGUGCAACACGCUCGGUACGGUAAAUAACUCAGGCUGCAACGUUUACACCGGCGAAUGUAUCUGCAAGCGGCUGGUGACCGGGCGUGACUGUAACCAGUGCAUGCCGGAAACGUACGGAUUGUCGGACAGCUUGGAGGGAUGUACACCGUGCAAUUGCCAUCCGGGCGGUUCGCUGGAUAAUAGCUGUGACGUGAUUACGGGCCAGUGCCGUUGUAGACCACACAUGCAGGGACGGGAUUGUAGUGAACCGAAGCAGCACUACUUCAUUCCGACGCUGCACCGUAUCCUAGAGGCGGAGAUACCUUCGACGUUCUGUGAAUCCGGUGGAGGGCAAAACUGUUCCGUUGUCGUGCGCGAACGUGCAAACGAUCGUGACGCAGAUUUCACGGGGCCAGGUUUCAUUCGCGCAUCGGAGGGUACCGUACUGCGGUUCACCGUGGACGAUAUACCGAAGACGAUGAACUACGACGUGAUGGUACGCUACCAGCCACAGAUGAAGGGUGACUGGGAGAACGUGCGCAUGACCGUGAUCCGGCCGGAUGUGUACAACCCCGAAGGACCGUGCGCAAACUCACACCCGAGCUACGAACGGGACAUCACCACAACGCUGUCGGAGUACGAAACGAGCGCCAUAGCGCUGCACGACAUCUGUCUGGAGAGUGGCAAAACGUACAAGUUUAUCGUGUCCUUCCAACGUCACGCACCGUACGACGACAAUCCGACCGCGCAAAUCUUGAUCGAUUCCAUCGUGUUGAUACCGCGCAUCGAAAUUACACCGAUUCUGCAGGGUACGCACCAGGCGGAAGUGCGCCACCGAGAGUACGUUAAUUUGGGAUGUAACCACACGUACUAUGAUGUGAACUACAUCGUCAACGCACCGGAAGAGUGCAAGGACCUGUUGAAAACCAUCAGCGUCUACAUCAACAAUGGUGCUACGCCUUGCGAGUGUAAUCCGACCGGUUCGAAGAGCAAAAAGUGCGCUGAAUCGGGCGGGUUCUGUACGUGCAAGACAAACGUCGUUGGGCGGCAGUGUGACCGGUGUGCCCCGGGUACGUACGGGUUCGGACCGGAGGGUUGCAAGGCCUGCGACUGUAACAGCAUCGGAUCGAAGGACAACGAUUGCGAUUUGAUCACUGGCCAGUGUAACUGUCAUCCCAACACGUACGGCCGCGAGUGUGACCAGUGUCAACCCGGCUUCUGGAACUUCCCCAACUGUCAGAUCUGCGAGUGUAAUGGCCACACGCCGACGUGCAACUCGAAGACCGGCGAGUGCGUUCACUGUCAGGACUUUACGCAGGGCUGGAAGUGCGAUCGCUGUAUCGACGGGUAUUACGGCAAUCCGUUGCUUGGCUCGUCGAUCGGUUGCCGACCGUGCCGCUGUCCGGACACGGUUGCAUCCGGUCAUUCGUACGCAAACGAAUGUUACCUGCACCCAUCGACGAACGAUGUGAUUUGCUCGUGCGAGGAAGGAUAUACCGGUGCGCGGUGCGAUGUUUGCGCGGACAACUACUAUGGCAAUCCGGAAAAACCGGGCGGCCAAUGUCAAUCGUGCAACUGCAGCAACAAUGUGGAUCCGAAGCGUCCUGGUAAUUGCGAUGCGAAAUCGGGCAAAUGUUUGCAGUGUUUGUACAACACCGAGGGUGACCAUUGCGAGUACUGUCGGGAUGGUUUUUACGGUGAUGCGUUGCGGCAGGACUGUCGGGAUUGCGAUUGCAACUUGCUCGGCACGAACCAAACGAUACAGCACUGCAAUCGUUACACGGGACAGUGUCCGUGUUUGCGCAACGUGAAAGGACAGUACUGUGACGAGUGUAUUGAAAAUCACUGGAAGAUCGCUAGCGGAGAAGGAUGCGAGGCGUGCGAUUGUGAUCCGGUCGGUGCGCUCAGCGAGCAAUGUAAUCCGUACGAUGGGCAGUGUUCGUGCAAAUCUGGAUUCGGUGGACGUCAGUGCAAUCAGUGCGAGGCUUACUUCUGGGGCGAUCCAAACGUAGAAUGCAAACCUUGUGAAUGUAACGCUUAUGGUUCGGCAACGCAACAAUGUGAUCGCACCACCGGUAAGUGUGCCUGCAAGUCCGGCAUUGGAGGAUACAAGUGUGACCAGUGCGAUCGGGGCUACCUGGGUCAGGCACCGUACUGUGAACCUUGCGGCGAGUGCUUCGACAAUUGGGACAUGAUACUGGAUGGGUUACGGAACGAAACGGAUCGCACGAUCGAGGAAGCGAAAACGAUCAAGAAGCUUGGUGCGACUGGUGCGUACAAGAAGGAGUUUGAUUCGAUGUCGAAGAAGAUCGCCCAAAUCGAGGGACUGCUGAACAACACCAUAUCCGAUCGGGAAAUCGAAUCGAUCGGUGCGGAGAUUGAGCGUAUUCGCAGCCAUCUGCAGGAAUCGUUGCGCAAUCUGGAGGAAUCGGAACGCAAACUGCAAGAGACGGACUCGAACAUAAAGCUCGCCAACAUUGAGAUUGUGAACCUUGGACGGCGGGCGGACGAUGUGAAGCAGAUGACCAAAUAUCUGAAGGAUAAUGCAACAAGGCUGCAGGAGGGCAACAUAGAGGGUGCGUUGAAUCUUACCCGCGACGCUUGGUACCGCGUCAGUAUGCUGGGUGAAACGAACAUGAACAUCACCGCGAUCAACGGCCGGGCGGAGAAUUAUUGCCGGCGUGCGGAACAUCUUAUCAACAAGAACCAGGUUGACGUAGUAAGGAACCACGAAAACAACGAAGCCGCUUUCUUGAAGUAUCAGGAAGAACUGAACGAUCUUAACGGCAACAUGCCGGAUUUGAAUCAGCGCAUAUGCGAUCGACAUGGCGACCCGUGCGAUGAGUUCUGUGGUGGGGCGGGCUGUAAGAACGGUUGUGGAGGACUUCGAUGUGAGAAUGGUGCGUUGACAUUGUCGGAGAAAGCGCUAGACUUUGCCAAGAAGACGGAGCAAAAUAUCAAGGAGAAGGAGGAACUCGCGGACGAUAUUCUACGAUCGAUGUCACAAGCGAAGGCAAAUGCUUCAGAAUCGUACAAGAAGGCAAAGCGAACGCACGACGAAACGCAAGCUCAUCUCGAAGAAACGAAACGUCAUAUCGAUCACGCUAAUGCCCUUGUUGGUCAACUGUCGGACAUGAUCGAUAAUACGACGGCUUCGCCGGGUGAAAUGCGUGAGCUUAUCGACCAAGUCAUGAGCUACACACUGCAGCUGGAUCCGGAUCAGAUAGAUGAUCUGGCCCAGAAAAUCCAGGACGCGGUUUCCCAUCUCGUUAACGUGGAAUCGAUCAUUCGCAACACCGAGAACGAUUUGCGGCGCGUGGAAAUGCUCAAAACAGAUGCGCAAGAGAAAAAGGAACGCGCAGAAAAGGUACUAGCCGGUGUGCUGAACAUAACUAAAGCUCUGGACGAUGCGGAUGAUGCGCAGAAAAAGGCACGUCAAUCUAUCAAGCAGGCGAAUGGGGACAUUGCUUCGGCUAAGAUCGAUCUGGAGGAGAUUGACAAGGAAACGGAAGACGCCCAGAAGCGCGCCAACUCGACGGCCAACGCUGUUGUGGCGUUGCAGUCACGGCUUGAACAACUGCAGAAGGAUAACAUUCGCAACGAGCUUGACGCUAAGGACAUCAACAAACAGGCGGAAGAUGUGAAGGACUCGGCCAACAAUGCGCACGAACGAGCAACACAGCUUAAAAACGACUUUAAGACCGCAAACGAAUCGCUCUCAACACAGGCACGUCGUUCGGAAAGUGCCCGAGAGCGUGCACAAAAUUUACUGAAUCGUGCCUCCAAGAUCACCGUGGAUACGACCACGCAGCUUUCGGCUUUACAAAGUAUGGACGAUAUCUACAAAUCCAACGAAAAGGAUAUCCAGAAUCUCGAAGGUGAGCUGAACGAUCUUGCCGGAAAGAUCACUUACUAUCUGCAGACGAUCCAAACCAACGCCGAGCGCUACCGUCAGUGCACUUAA